AUGUAUCGAGUUCGAAUAAAAACUCCUCAAAAUGUUGUUUUCCAGAAUCACUUUGCCGGUCAGGCUCUGGAGUUACGCCAUACCCCAGAAAAUCCUUACACAAGUGCCUCAGUGUCUGAGAAGAAACUUGAUUCUACGGUUACUUCCGGGACGUUGCGCCUUGUAAUGGAAUUUCGACGGAAAAAGAAAAAGCCGGAAGUAAUAGAAACCAAUUGUUUAGGCUUAGUAAACAUUUUGUACACCUUCGAUACAAUGUGUGACUUUCAAUAUCUUCCAUUGAAAAAGCGUCAGGAAGGUGAAGGAUUUGAUGACCUCAUACCACGACUUAUUCCAAGAGACCUUCCAAGUGCACUCUGCUGGUAUGUUUCUGUAGCCUCGUUGGAACAAAGGACAUGGUGGGACCGCCCCGAUGAGUAUCCUGGCUAUACACCUUUAUUUUUGCCGCCGUAUCAAUUCAGUCGCUACAAUACCCCGUCCACAAAGAUGUUGUGCCGUGAAUCUGACUUCACAAUGGACAAAAUCCGGAAGAGAACAGGACAUGGUCAAAAUCUGCGUCUGGAACGAAAGGCGUUGUCAGUGACCGUGCAGGCUAACGAUCCAUUCCCUACUGCCCCGUCUGAGGAAGCUGUUCUCGAUGCAGAUUUCAGGUGUAAAAAUGAAGAGCCGCAUAGAAUGUUGGCUGCACUGUUUCGAGAGCGUCCCAUGUGGACUAGAAAUGCUAUCGCUUACAAAACAGGUCUGGAGGAUAACCUGCUCAAGACUUUACUGCAGAAGUAUGCAUUUUAUAUCCAGUCUGGUCCAUGGGGAAGACUUUGGUGCAGGUUUGGAUACGAUCCACGUACUGAUCCAGAGUCGAUGCUGUAUCAAACCCUGAUGGUUUCGUUCCGACAACAUACAAGAAUACCUGAACGACAACGGCUCAAGGUGUCGCUAGACAGAAGCGUUCCAUCUGAGGCUAGCAGCAUGCCAGUCCAUUUCACCUACCAACCAGGUACCCGUGCUCGAAGUCGUCUUCCGAGAGUACGACAAAUGUGGUACAGUCUUUGCGAUAUCAAACUGCCGUUUGCUGAGGCGCUACUCAAGCAAGAUCAUAGUAAAUCAUCCGAACCAGAAGCGUAUGGUUGGAUACAUGCAGAUCUACUGGAAGAAUUACGUGAACUGAUCAAGGAAGAUGUUCGGAAAACAAGCGAAGACAUGGAUGCUGAUGAGGAUAUGGAGCCUACUGAUGAUUUCUGA